AUGGCCUCAAAGUCAUACUCAGAAGUUACAUUUCCAACUUCCACCUCAAUGCCCACAAUUGCUGCAAAUAAGAGGACAAAAUAUGUUAUAGGUGUUUGUGCCAUGGACAAUAAAGCGAGGUCUAAACCUAUGAGAAAUAUUUUGAAUAAACUAUUUGCUUAUGAAGAGUUCGAAACGGUUAUAUUUGGUGACAAAGUUAUACUUGAUGAAGACGUUGAAAAUUGGCCAAUUUGCGACUUCUUUAUAUCAUUUUUUUCAACGGGGUUUCCCUUAGACAAAGCAAUUGAAUAUGUAAAUUUACGUAAACCUUUCUGUGUUAACGAUCUUCCUAUGCAACGGAUUUUAUGGGACAGGCGUCUCGUGUUGAAUUUGUUAGAUACUUUGGGUGUACCUACACCAAAACGUCUCGUUGCUAGUCGUGAUGGUGGGUCAAAAGUAGAUCCUUAUGUUAAAAAAAAAUUAAAAAAACUUAUAGGUAAAGAGAUCGACAAUGAACCAUGCCCUCCAGCUGUUGUCGAAAUGAUUGAUCAAGAUACCAUUUGUAUCAAUGGUGAAACUUUACGAAAACCUUUUGUCGAAAAACCAAUCAGUGGUGAAGAUCAUAAUAUUCAUAUAUAUUAUUCAUCUGAAACGGGAGGUGGAGGUCGCCACUUAUUUCGUAAGGUUGCCAACAAAUCAAGCGAAUUUGAUCCAGGCUUGUCAUUGCCACGAACUGAAGGUUCAUAUAUUUAUGAGCAAUUUAUGGACGUUGAUAAUGCCGAGGAUGUUAAAGUUUAUACAAUUGGGGCUACUUAUGCUCAUGCAGAAACGCGUAAAUCACCGGUUGUAGAUGGACUUGUAAAAAGGAAUAAUGACGGUAAAGAAGUUCGCUAUGUUACAACCCUUACACCAAAAGAAAAGAGGAUGGCGAGUGAUAUUUGCACGGCCUUUGGACAAACAGUUUGUGGAUUUGAUUUACUUCGAGUUCAUGGGCAAUCAUAUGUCAUCGAUGUUAAUGGUUGGUCAUUUGUAAAGGGUAAUGACGACUAUUAUAGCAAUUGCGUGCGUAUUUUGAGAGCAAUUUUUUUGAACGCUAUUCGAAAGCGCAAAGUUAGCAUUGAUUCCAUACCAAAUGAGCUCAGAUUUGAGAAUUCGUGGCGACUUAAAUCAUUUAUAUCAGUUUUUCGCCAUGCUGAUCGUACUCCGAAGCAAAAGAUGAAAUUCUCUUUUCGUAGCCAGCCAUUUAUAAAAUUGUUAGGUGGAGCAACCGAAGAAGUAAUCUUGCGUAAAUCACAUGAACUAAAACAAGUUAUCGAAUCCACAAUUGAAGCUAUCCAAUUGCAAAGUGAAGAUAUAACAAAAUUGGAACAGCUCAAAUUAAUUUUAAAGAUGAAGAGUGAUUUGCCUGGAACUAAAGUUCAAAUCAAGCCAUCUUACAGUAAAGAGGAUGGAUCCUUUGUCAAACUUCAACUCAUUGUCAAGUGGGGUGGUGAGUUCACGCAUUCAGCUCGUUAUCAAUCACGAGACCUUGGGGAAAAUUUACGAAAAGAUCUUUUAAUUAUGAACAGGAAUGUGUUUGAUGAUGUCAAAAUGUAUACGAGUUCUGAAAGACGGGUCAGUGCUACUGCUGAUAUAUUCUCUAGAACAUUUUUAGACAUCAGCGAUAUUCCAGAAGAGAUUAUUGAAACUCGCAAAGAAAUGUUGGAUGAUAGUAAUGCAGCGAAAGAACAAAUGGAUGAAGUGAAGAGCCAAUUAUGUAAUCUCUUAAAGCCUGGUAUGACUGCAAAAAAUGAUGCAGUAUGGCCCAAUGAUGUCCCAGAACCAAGCAUAGUAGUUCAAGAGGUAAUAGAUCUGAUGAAGGAACUACGACAGAUUAUGAGGGAGAAAUUCAUUACAAUGGAAGUUGAAACGAUACAAUCUCGAUGGUGCUGUUCAGAAAAUCCAACAUUAUUUAGAGAAAGAUGGGAAAAGUUAUUUAAUGAUUUUUGUGAUGUAGAACGACAACAAUUCGAUCCUAGCAAAGUUUCAGAAUUAUAUGAUAGCAUCAAAUAUGAUGCUUUGCAUAAUCGACAAUUCUUGGAAACCAUUUUUUCGGAUGAGGGUACCUCCAAGGUUAAAGAGUUAUAUCAAAGAGCCAAAAUGUUGUUUGAUUUUGUAGCACCACAAGAGUAUGGUAUAGAGAAAAAGGAUAAACUCCAAAUUGGACUUUUGACUUCUUGUUCCUUGUUACAAGAUAUUAUUAAAAAUUUGGAGGAAUCCAAAUCAAGUCCAACUCCAUGUACAAGAUUAUAUUUUACUAAAGAAUCCCAUGUGCAUACGCUAUUAAAUAUUGUAUUCUUAUCUGGUCUGCCUACACGAAUUUCCAAGAAUGAUUUGGCAGAACUUGAUUAUCUCACUCAAAUAACGUUUGAACUUUAUGAACGUCAUCGCGGUUUAUCAGGUGAUAAGGAAUAUUCCUUACGUGUAGCAUUCAGUCCUGGCGCGCAUGAUCCAAACAUUUUGGAUUUACGAUUAGAUGCUCGCCAUUGUUUAAAUGUAGCUCCAAGAAAGAAUCUUACGGAUCAUUUGCCUCUUGAUCAAGCGCUUUUAUAUUAUAAGAAUAAAGUAUAUAAUCCUGCAUCAGAAGUAGAGGAAAAUAGUCCAACCAAUAAUGUCAUACCAGAUUCUCACUCAUCAAUAUUUGAUGUAUUUCAGUUAAGUAAAUCAUUUUGA